GUUUCGGUUCGGUCCCUCCGCUUUAUCUCUCUCCCGCAAGGCUUCGCCUCUCUCCACUCUUCUUCCUCGUUGAAGGAAGCUAAGCUCAACUCCAUUGACGAAGAAGAAGAAGAACAACGAACCUUCAGUUAGUCCUCACAGCCUCGACCGCACCGAUUCGAUCCCGAUCUUGUCCGUCAUUGUUCAUUUGCUCCAGCCGGAAACUCUCGCCAUGGCCACCACCGAGGUUCUGCAGCGCCAGGACGACCUCCUCUUGCAAUCUCCCUUCGUUGAUUCUCGCGCAGGUGAGAAUGCGAAGUCCCAAGGGAUGUCCCUAGAGAAGAAGAUCGAGUUUCUCGAAAGUCUGACCGGCACGGUAAAGUUCAGUUUUUUAAUCUUUCAGUUUUAUCUAAUUUGCUUUCUGAUGAUUAAUCAGGGAGUUGUGAUAAAUGUGGUUCCGUUGGAUUGCUACGCCACUGGAUGUACUUUCCAACUCGGGAGAGAGUGUUGAGGAGUGUCUCAUAUGGGGGCUUUAACAACUUUUAAUACCUUGUGUAUGGGGCUAUUAGGUCAGCAACCGUAGAUCUCGCAGAUGGAUUAAUGACCGAUUGUUAAUGGAGCUUGUACCCCGCUUAAAUGUCGAGGAAAUUAGAGGCUUGUUCGCUCCACCACCCUGGGGUGAUGAUGUCCCACCAUCUGCAUUUUGCAUGACUAAUGUGAGAGAGUGGGACAAAUUCAGGAAUAUUGACAUGGACAAAGAGGCUACUAUAAUCGAUGCCCUGAAAGGUUCUCCCAAAAAAAGGAGAGGUCCUGUUGAUGCUGACAAGGUAGCUGUCCUGAAUGCAUGGCGUAGGGUGGAUAGCCGCACUAGGGAGGCACUUAGGCGGAGUUUCCUCCCUGAGCUGAUUGAAAGCUAUGAGGGUUGUAUUAGGGCUUUCAUAACGGAGAGUGGGAAUGAAGAUGUUCUGCAGCUAAAGAUCCAAGACCCUUUUCAGCGACUGUUGCUUCACGGUGUCUGUGAGUUCUAUAAUUUGGCUUCAGCCACUGUAACUCAAUCAAAGGGUGCUGAGUCUAUGAAAGUUACAAGGAUAACCCGGAAGAAGUCAGGCUCGGUCGAGCUUACGAACAUAACCCUUUCCCAUUUCCUGAGGAUGUCCAAGGAAGGGAUAUGGUGACACUUUCUUCCGCAGAUCUACCUCUGUAAAAUAAAAGUAGAUCAUGCUCUGUUCAGGUAAUCUUAGUUGUAACAUCAAAAUAACAGUCUCAGGUAAGUUAUGGGCAAUCUCUUUGCAAUCAACGUGUAUGUAGUUGAUUGCUUAUUGAUUGUAUUCCGAAGGUUCCAUUCUUUAGCUUCUAAAUUUAAGUUUCCAUUAGUUGGUUGGAUGUCUCAAGGGGGAGUGUAAGCACUUCAUGUGUUUCCAGAUGUUGUUAAUCAAUGGAUUCGGAAUAAAGCCUUCAGUUGGUAAAUAAUCAAUGAAACUCAAGUGCUCUGAUUGUUCCCAUCAA